UGAGCCGCUUGUUGAUCCAACGAAAGCUCUUCCUGUUCCUCCAGCUUCUUCCUUCGCUCCACAUCUGAAAGUCGUUGUGAUCCAGCUGCCUCCUGAUGUUCAGCUUGAGCUUCAGUUCCUUUGAGUUGUCCAGCGCUAUCAGCACUCUGCUGAAAUGCUCGAAACUUCUGUGCAAACUGCUGGUCGAUGGAUAUCUGCUCCUGCUCUUCCAGCGUGAGCUUGGCCGCCUUGGCCGCCGGCUGCACGGCAGCUUUCGACUCCGUCGCAGCAGCUUGUUGGUGUGUCCCCUUCACCCUGUCACGACCUGAUGGCGCUGGUGUUGAUCGGACAGGCGCGCUAGCCUUGGUAGCCUUCUGCUGGGUCGCUCCAGACUUCUGAGGCUGAACAUUGGCAGCAGGCUGAUCUUUUCCUUUCUUCACCCCUUGGCCCUGCAGCACAAAGUCUUGCUUCUGGUUGGUGCUUUUUCCCUUUGACACCGAGCUUCCCAUGCUGUCUCAGUGACUUGUUCUACUUGAACAGAGCGUGGAUGCUGCGGAAGGGUGUGCUCUGAAGGUCAGCUGACUGGUGAACACGGGUGAAGAUGAGAAGGAGGGUGGCGCUGGUUCAAUCUUGUUAGGAGCUACUUGUUCGAUCCAGUAGAAGCAAGUGGGAGAAGAAAGCUGCUGCAGACUGUAAGGGAUCGAGGAGGAACUCUAGGAGGUGGGAGGGAGCCGGGAGGGAGCAGCACGAGUCAAUGCAGCGGUUGCAGCUGCGUUAUCCGAGUGC